AUGUUGAACGGUCUGUGGAAAAAUCCUCCAAUUGGUGAGAGAGAUUUCAUGCAAGUGAUCCAGCGGCUUUUGGGUGGUGAUGCUCCGCCGAACAAGGUGCAAGAGGUCAAGAAUGAGUCUUACGCGAAUCUGCAGGUGUUGCAGCGCAACGAAUCAAUGCGGCUGUUUGCACCGAAUCCAAAUGCACCGGACAAAAAGCCGGUGUACGAAAUUGUACUCGAACGGCCACACUCGGAGACGAUCAAUACUUCCUAUAGUUUAUACCGUGCUCCGACGCAAGCGGCAGCGGAAGAAAAGUUCGAAGCCUUCCAUCAACGAUUACCUGAGUUGGUGAAAAUAGUGCGGGAGAUGUACAACAUCAACGGCUUGCAAAAGAUUUGCGACAUUUUGAUCGAAAACCCUUCCUGGUCGCUGGCGCACAUAAUAGCCCAUUUUAAUUUGACCGAAUACAUCCCGAACCCCAGUAUAGUGGAUUUUCUCGAUUAUGCCGAGUACUCGGAAAUGAUGACCCCGCUGCAGGUGGCGGUAAAGGCGAACAACUUGGAGUUUGUCAAAUCGCUGGUCAGCAUGUGCAACUUGGAGCAUCUCGACAAAAACAGCAACUCAGUGUUUCACUAUGCUGCCAGCACUACCAAAGAAAUGAUUAAUUUAUUAACGGCUAAAAGUACUUUAAAUCUCAACCACUGUAACGCCGAUGGGUACACACCUCUGCACCUGUCCUGUUUAGCUGAUAAACCGGAUUGCGUGAAGGCGCUCCUUCUGGCUGGGGCCGACACGAAUAAAAGGGCUCGCUGUGCCGGCAAUUCGCACAGCAAGUCAAUUCCAUCGAGUAAUGUGGCCGACUUUCUGGCAAGCAACCCGAACAAGCUCUUUACACAGGACAUGAAGCACGGUGGCACUCCUCUGCAUUGGAGCUCGAGUCGGGAGGUGUUGAAUUCAUUAAUUGAGCGUGGAUGUGACGCGAAUCUGAUCAACUUUAAUGGCCAGACGCCGCUUCACGUAAUGGUGGCCCGCGAUCGUUUGGAGUGUGUAGUUGCACUUUUGGCCCACGAAGCGGAGAUCGAUGUGGUCGACAAUAGUGGCAACACACCGUUGCACAUCGCGGUAGAGAAGAAGCUGAUACCGAUUGUCCAGUGUUUGGUGGUGUUUGGCGCCGACAUAAACAAAGCAAACAAGGACGGCAAAACCCCCCGCCACAUGGUCGGACGAGACGAUAACGGCUCUAAGGAUGCAAUGAUACUGUACAUUCUCCAUUCAGUCGGUGCUAAACGUUGCCCGGCCGACAAAGCUACCAAAUGUCCGCCAGGGUGUUCGACGGGCGGUGCCUACAAUGGAGUUCCACCGGCUGAACCGGAAACGAGUGAACAACGCGAACAUAUACAACAAGUAGUGAACAUACAUGCCAGUACGAUAACGAAACCGCACCGGAACAGUGUGCCGAGUUUAGUGUCGAACGCCAUCCGCCAGGCGAUUCACGAGGAACGGCCUGUCCCUGAGCCGGUAAAGACCAUUGACGUUAGCCAGGAGCGGAAGGGAGCGAGCAUGAUGGAUGCGAUUCUGUCGAUGUUUAUGAGCAAGAUGGACAGCGUGUCGAAACCUACGUCACCAACCUCUACCUCGUCGUCAUUUAAGGCCUCCAGCGCAGAAACGGGAAAGCCGCAACAACGGUCACGUACCCCAUGUGAAGCUGGUUCGAGUAGUGGCAACGAAAACAGUCCACCGCACGUCGGUCGAGGUCGUCUGCUGUGCUUGGAUGGUGGCGGAAUUCGUGGUCUAGUGUUGGCGCAGAUGCUGCUCGAAAUCGAACAGCUCUCGCAGACACCAAUUAGCCAUCUGUUCGAUUGGAUUGCUGGCACCAGCACGGGUGGCAUUCUGGCGCUGGCCGUCGGUUGUGGCAAAACAAUGAAACAGUGCAUGUGUUUGUACCUACGAAUGAAAGAUCAAGCGUUCGUGGGUUCGCGACCGUAUCCGAGCGAUCAGCUGGAAAGCGUUUUAAAGGAACAACUGGGCGAGUUCACCGUCAUGACGGACAUCAAGCAUCCGCGAUUGAUGGUGACAGGCGUAAUGGCCGAUCGGAAACCGGUCAACUUACAUCUGUUCCGCAAUUAUGAAUGUGCCAGCGACAUCAUGGGCAUUGUGACGCCUUCCAACAAUCGUUGCACUCCACCACCACCACCUUGCGACCAAUUGGUUUGGCGUGCGGCACGGGCUACCGGGGCCGCACCGUCGUACUUUCGGGCUUUUGGACGUUUCCUGGAUGGUGGGUUGAUUGCGAACAAUCCGACGUUGGAUGCGAUGACAGAGAUACACGAACUUAAUGCCGCCCUUCAUUACACGGGCCGUUCCGCCGAAGCCGUUCCUGUUUCAGUAGUGGUUUCACUGGGUACCGGUUUGACGCCGGUUGUGGAUUUGAAGGAAAUUGAUGUGUAUCGUCCGGGAGGUAUUUGGGACACGGCAAAGGUGGCCUACGGAAUUUCCACCAUCAGUACUCUUCUGGUUGACCAGGCAACUGCUUCCGACGGGCGCGUGGUGGAUCGAGCCCGUGCCUGGUGCAGCAUGAUCGGAGUACCGUACUUCCGUUUCAAUCCGCAGAUGUCGGUGGACAUUGCAAUGGAUGAAAAAAUUGACGAACCCCUUAUCAAUAUGCUGUGGGAGGCGAAGGCAUAUAUGCACAGCAAUCGCAAACAGGUUAUUGAACUGAUAAAUCUAUUGAAAUAGGUGUAGCAUCAACCAAUGCAAAUGAAUAGAUCCACCUUUAGCACUACAACCACCAACAACCUACAAACAGAGCCCACCAGAAAACCAGAGAAAGAGCGGACAGUUUUUUAAGGCGUUUUCCAGGCUUAUCACACACACGCACUUGUACACCUCAUCGUAGUUCAUCGACUGCCUAUAAUCGUACUGAAAUUGUUGACAAUAUUCUUAGCAAAAUUGAGCGAAAUCGAAUAGUCGCACAAGGUGUGAGCGAUCAUUGAGGUGUUCGUUAAGGGAUUGUAGCAUCGAAUAGCCGCUAGUGGACAGUCGGUAAUAAGGACAUGUAGUGUCCGUGUUCUCCCGUGAACAGAUGAUCUUGUUUUACAUAGCGCGCUGGUUAAACUACUAUAAAGGGAACAAUUUGCUCCCUUGCUGAUGAAUGUCCAAAGCAGAAGAGGUUUAAAUAAUUAUUAUGUUAGUUAAAAACAAAUCAAAGAUCCUAAUGGAAUCUGUAUUCUGUAUUCGUUUUAGAAGUCACUUCUGUCUGACAUUUGCAUGCAGGGUAGCAGCAAUAUUUUAAAGACGUGCUGAAACCCUCUGCAAAACUGCGACAUGAAUUAUCUAAACGUAGGAAAUUGCAGUUCCAUUUUUCAUUACUACUCCUCAUUAGCUUCUUCGAAUAGGCAAGUACUACACACUCCAUAGUGGUUUCAAUUAGGUAAUUUUUAUCUUGAUUGGAAGUAAAACUUCUUAACGGACGGACGCACCAAAUAUUGGACUCGAGUCAUACUACGAUAAAUGCAAAUAUAAAUUAAACAGUAAUUGUGGGUUAAGGUGUAUCAAGGGUUGUUUAUGGGAAAACUUGAAUGUUACGUUACGUAUAAGCUACGAAGAUGCUAAAUUCUCUUGUACAUGAAACGUAAGAUCAUCCGGCGGCACCACAAGGGUGGUUGCGAUAUAGUUAAGGUAUUUUUGUGCAGCUUGAAUAUACAAAUAAAA